AUGAAGUUCUUCCUUUUUACCUGCCUUUUGGCUGUUGCUCUUGCAAAGCAUGAGAUGGAACAUGUCUCCUCCAGUGAGGAAUCUAUCAGCAUGUCCCAGGAAAAACAUAAGCAGGGAAAGAAUGUGGUCCUUCAUCCCAGCAAGGAGAACAUUUGUUCCACAUUCUGUGAGGUAUAUAUUGAUUUCACAUCGGUAGAAACCGCUGAAGUUCCCAGGGAGAAAGUUAAGGUUACUGUGGAAGAUAAGCAACACCUGAAACAACUGAGCAAAAUCAGUCAGUUUUAUCAGAAGUUCCCUCAAUAUAUCCAGGCUCUAUAUCAAGGUCCAACUGUUAUGGACCCAUGGGGUCAAGUUAAGAGAAGUGCCGUGCCCUUUAUUCCCACUGCGAGCAGACAGCAUCUCUCUACCAGUGAGGAAAAUCCAAAGAAGACUGUUGAUAUGGGAUCAACGGAAGUACUCACUAAGAAAACUACAUUGACUGAAGAAGAAAAGAAUCACCUAAAAUUUCUGAACAAAAUCAACCAAUAUUAUCAGAAAUUAACCUGGCCCCAGUAUCUCAAGACUAUUUCUCAGUAUCAGAAAACUAUGAAGCCGUGGAAUCACGUUAAGACAAAUGUUAUCCCCUAUCUGGAUUACAGCGGCAAUCCUGGCGGUCGUUACCCAGUUAACCCAGCUCUGAAUAUUCCUUAUCCCAUGCCAGACAGUGAUUUCGCUUUUCCUGUCUAUCCUACAAGGAAUAAGUUCCCCAGUUACCCUGGGAAUCCUGACCGUGAUGCCGGGGUACCCUCAUAUCCCUGGGUUCUCACUGCUCCUGGAGCUCCCCUCUACCACAUUCCUAGUUUUCCCAUACCUUCUUGGUUGUCCCGUCAUCCUCUCCUUCCUUGGGCUUUCCGCCUUGUUCCUCCCUCAAAAAGACCUAUGGGACCUUAUUUCCCACCUGAUACAGCUGCACCUACUGCAGCCGAUCCACAUGUACCUAAGCCUCUUGCCCCACUUACUACAAACCCACCUACUAUCCCAGAGAUUGAGCCACCUGCUGUGACAGAGCCUGAUGAAGCAGAGCCUGCAGCAGCUGCCCCAGGACCUCAGCCCUCUACUUCUCUUGACCAGGUGGGUUGCUUCAGUCUUACUCCUGUGAUCGUGAGAGGUGUAGGAGCAGGAAAGAAACACAGUCUCUCCACAAGCAAACAUAUACUGUAUCAGCUGAAAUAUUCUGAACAGCUUUAUUGA